AUGUCCGUUUAUAUUCACAUCACUAACGAAAGGCAUAUAUUCAGGGAAUAUUUGAAAGAAGUGAAAUCAACAGAUCCGAUUUCAAAAUGCAGGACAUAUCUAGCUAUCUACUAUAUACUAUCUAGCAGAGUGGACUAUGACCAAGCCCAUGGUUGUUGUGGUGCGUCUUGGCAGGCCAGUUGUCGGGGCCGUCACGGUGCAACUUUGGACAUUCCAGAUAACCCUGUGAUAGCACUUGUUCAUCAUUCACUCAAAGCAGUAGCCCGAUCUUGUAUGCAACAAGUUAAUGCUACGGAAAGUGACCUCAUGUACUUGCGGAAGGAUCCCCCUUAUCCUGAAAAGGCAGCUUGUAUUAUGUCCUGUUUAUUGGUCAGAAUUGGAUUGAUAAAGGACGACAAGUAUUCCAAAGAAGGCUUCAUGAACAUCGUCAAUCCACUUGUCUUCCAUAGUAAAAAGAAACUCGAACACUUGAAGGAUGUGUCGGAGACUUGUGAUAAAGAGGUUAUCAACCAAGAAGACGUAUGUAAGCUCGCCAGUGACAUAGUCGCAUGUAUUUACCAAUAUGCCCCCGAGUUACAUUUUAAAGGC